UUGGACCGAAGAGGCUUCAAUGGACUCUCUCUUUGACCCUGAUCAAGUGCGCAUCCUUCCUUCCAUUUUCAUUUUUUUCCCACCUUCCUUCCCACGCGUAGUCGUAGCCGCAACACAGGAUCCUGCGUCCUUCCACUUGAACCUUUACCUUCUCGCGACGAGGAAUAGAAGUUCGAGUUGCCGUGUCUGUCGGUCGCGCAUUACGUGCUGUGACGAUGCCACAAGGUUGAGAGCUAGCAAAAAUUCGAUUUGCUCUAGAAAAAUAUUCAGGACAAAAAGUGUGAUUUUGGUUUCAUGUGUAAACUGUGACAUGUUCCUGACAGGAAGAUCCUGACUGUGGGAGAAAUGGUUGCUCGAAGAGCCUUGCCAUUCUUACUGCUAGUGAUCUGCGCAAUCAGCGCGGCCUCUAUCAUCAAGAAUGGCCGGGACGAUCCCAACAACAUUCGACGCAUUCGCAGAAUCAAUUUGAGCGAAUACCUUGUUCCACCACCACUGCCAAAGUUUCAUCCACCGGGUAGAAUCGCAAGAUUGGUUACUCCUCAACCGACUGAGGCGUCAGGAUACUUUAUGCGGUUUAUGAGUUGGUUCAAUCCCUUCGGUUCAUCGUCAAAAACUUCAUUGUCACCACCACCACCACCACCACCACCACAAAUCCCGCAUACGGAAACUGCGUAUUCUCCAUCACCAAAGUUUAUACCUCCUUCAGCUCCUACGGAAAUCUAUGGCGGUCCCUCUCCUGCGAUUUAUGACAGACCACCUCCUCCUUCAUCCUCCCUCAACAAUCAUCCGGGAUAUCCCUCCUCGGACAAGGGCAAGAACUGCAAUCCUUGCAACAAAGUUCCAUGGAUGCCGAUACAGCACGAUGAAUAUUCUCAUUCGGGAGAUGCUUCCUUUGCAUUACCGCCACCACCGCCACCUUCUCAAUUAUCGCCAUCAUUAAAUGGCGAAUAUCUGCCACCCAGAAAUCGCGAGAUACCUUACGAUGCUCAUCAUGCUGCUUCGCAAGAAGUUAGAGCUCCAGAUUUUUCUUUACCACCAUUGCUCAGUGGACAAGACGGAUCUCUUAGUCCGCUGUCAAAUCCGCAUCUAUAUCCUGGAGCAAUGCCGCCGCUCUUCAAGCCGCAAAAUUUUAGUUAUCUUCGAGGCGUUCCAAACAGUGACUUGGACUAUCUUGACACACCACCAUCACCUGUUUUUAGAGAUGUUAUAUCCACGGGAAAGAACUCUUUUUCGAGUACAGCGGAGCUCAAUUUUAACGGUGAAGCACUUGUUCACCCAGAUUUUUCGAAUUCUGAUUCAGGAUUUAGGCAUCAAGAAUUAGGCUAUACUAAUUCUGACGUAAGCAAUCCUGGCGUAAGCAACGGAUGGUUCGAGCAUUUUAAUACUGAGAAUUAUAGUGCGCACGGUGAUCUAUCUCCAAGCGGAACUCAGGUGUCGCAUGGUCAUUCUGAUCUUAUACCAGACCAGCAAAGAUUUGAAAAUAUUGCAACUCAAAGUUCACUUGAUUCUAUAAAUCAUCAAACAUCGUUUGGCAAUUCCGGUGUUCUAAUCGAUCAAAAUCCUCCCAGCAGUUACGGAAUUUCCAGUCUCGAUCGAAUACCGGACAACCUCGAGCAUCAAUACAAUGAUUUGUCCUCGAGCGCCAACGUCGUCGAAGACUCUCGCGCACCUUUGCGUGCUACAGACGGAUCUUCCGGAAAGAUUGAAGAUUCAAUACAUUUUGAGGAGUCACUGUUGCUAGAUUUCACGAACAAGGAUGAAAGUCGAACGGACUUGUCCUCGAUAGCGGAUCGUCCGCUGACUUCUAACGCGUUCGCAGACUCUACCGAGACUGCCGGGAGGACUUUGACAUUUGGUGAUGAGAUUUAUGAAACACGUCACGACAUUAAUACAACAGAAUCUCACCUUUCCAAGGAUCACUUGCAAACGAUCAAUUUUGUAACACCCUCAGAGGAAUCGAAGAUCAACGACAGUGCAACACAAGACUCCAAUGGAGAUCUCCGUGAUCACAAGACUUUUAGGGGACAAGACAUUUCCUAUAUUCCGCCAUCUGAUCAGGUUGGAUAUUUAUGGUCAAGUGUUAUAUCGACGACUUCAAGAAAUACAGAGAGAGGAGGACUUUUGAAUACUCUGAACUCUGUAUUGAAUUCUUACGACGAUGUAGCGAAGGAAACAUUGAAUCAAAAUUUUGGUGUUAAAUCGAAAGAUACGAAUAAGACAUCCACAGAACAAAACGAGAAGAAGAGUAAACAGAUACGGAUCAUUAUUCCCUACACGUCACAAUAUACAUCACUUCCGUUCCAGUCAUCACACGAACAAAAUCACGAUCAAAAGGCUUUGAUUUUUGCGAAUGAAUCCAAUCACGACAAAUAUUUUAGCGAAGAAUCAAGAAACAGAAUCAAAGUAACUAGUCUUCCAAACUCUUCAUAUACUCGACCGACUACUUCGGCAUUAUUAGCAGAUAUUACUAGAAAAUCAAUCGGUACUAAAGUAAACAACUCCAUAGACGUACAUAAAUUGCAAAAAAAUAUUGAUAAUUGGACGAUACAGGAAUAUUCGAAGGGUACAACUGCCGCUAGUACAGUUUCGCCUAGUUCGGUCAAUCCGUAUCUUUUCCCUUCAAAGCAGAUUCCUGAUGAAUACUUGACGACCACUGAAUCUGUUAAUCAUAUUAAUUCUUACGAUGAUAACGUUAAAACUUUUACUUUGGCCGGAUUUAGUUUCAAUGAUUUAGACUACAAAGGUUCGGCCAGCAACCAUGUAGAAGGGUCGCGAAUACAAGUAAUCAAAAAUUCAAAGUCGACUGAGAAUUCUAUUGACACUUCCACCGCGUCCACAACGAACGACAACAUAUGGCAGGGCUUCUCCGUGGAUAUUUCUCCGGUGAACAACGAACGCGUCUAUGUAGUGACGCCUCAAUCUAUCAUAACUACUCCUAAAUCGAAUUCUGCUGACAAGAAGAAAGAAAAAGCGGCGAAAGCCACAGACAAAAAUGCGAAGGUCUUGGAAACGGAGACGAAAAAGAAGAAGUCCAAUACGUUCGAGUCAAUCGAGAAAGCCUAUCUAGUGCUACCUCAGGCUGUGAACAACUUGGCUGUGGCUUCUACGGGUCCAGAGAGCGUUCCCUUGUGGGGCAUCAUGGAGCACGAGGAUUUUGCGUCACUUGACGAAAAUGAACACGAGAACGAAGACAAUGAAUCUCCUGAAAUUCCCGUGCUGUAUGCUGGGCAUUCAAAGGUAUCACGUGCCAGCCGAUGACGGAUUAAUAGUGAAAAAUGCUCAAAAGGAUUAUUUAUGCAUAUGCAGACAAUAUCGAUGAUAUGUUUUAGUGACAGAUGAGUGAUUGUGAACAGUUAUUUUAUUAUAAAAUCGAGUUCUUCGAUCACAUAUUUCGAUAAACUUUUUACUUAACAAUAUUUAAUACAAAUGGACUCUUUCUCUCGCUCUCUUUUUCUACUUUGAUUCUACGUAUGUGCGUAAGUGAUUAUUGUGGCCAGUGUAUCGGAUAAAUGUAUUUUGUAAUCAUGUAUAUCUUUAUGAGUUUUACUAUAAGUAGUACAAUAAGUCUAAAAGAAAGAAGUAAGCCUAGGAGAAACUAUGACAGUGCGGAAUAAAUUUGCACUAAGUUGUCAUUACAACUUUUGCAGAGUGGCUGAAAACUAAUACUUCAAAUAUAGAGAAAAUGUCAUAUGUGUAAAUAAGUUAUACAAUAAUUUUAAUAAUUCUUAUUUUAAUAAUUUUUUUUUUUUUCAUAAAAAAAUUAUGCUGUUUCUUAAUACAAUCGCACUUACAUUACUUGGAUUAAUAUAAAAAAAUAAGGAAUAUAUCAAAAUAUAUUUUAUAUUAAAUUAUUGUUUUAGAAAUUUUC